AUGAAUCUCCAAAUUUUUAAUAUUUUUUUAAUUAUUCUUUCAAUUUUACUUGCAUUAACUAUUACUGUUAAUGCUCGCUUUAAUAGGCCUAUUAAAAAACAUGCCAAUAAACAUAAUAUUGUGCCUACAAAAACUAAAUGCACAACUCCAACUCCAACUUGUUGCCAAGCACGUAAUAGUCCAGGGUGGAAUAACAAAGCUUUUUUAGCUCCUGGUUCACUAAUAGCUUUUAAUGGCUUAUGUUUUCAUGGCCAGAACACGACUACUAUUAAUUAUUGCUCACUUCCCACCUAUGAACCAAGCAGUGUGAAUGUAGAAGGUGGUAUUAUUCGUUGUAGUGGUGGCAGUUAA